GCCUGCACCGGAAGUCACUGAGUUCUCCUCCGCGCCGCGGUGCAGUGUGGGUAGCCGCUGUCAGCCAUGGCGUCCCGUGUCCUCUGUGUGUGUGUCCGCGCAGCACUGCGCACCCUGCCCCGGCGCCCCCUCCUGCCUGCACUAAGCUCCUCCGCCUGCAGGCAGCGCUCUUCCCUGGCCCGACCUACAGCCGGCGCCCCGGUCCUCGCCUCACAGGACUCUGGCUCCUUAUAUCAGUCAUGUCGCCAGUACAGCGGCGCCCCUCCCCUCACCCUGGAGGGCAUCUCCGAGAGAGUAAUAUAUGUAUUGAAGUUGUAUGAUAAGGUCGACCCAGAAAAGCUGUCAAUCAACUCCCACUUCAUGAAAGACCUGGGACUGGAUAGUUUGGACCAAGUUGAGAUAAUAAUGGCAAUGGAGGAUGAGUUUGGCUUUGAGAUCCCAGAUGCUGACGGUGAGAAGCUGAUGACCCCACAGGAGAUAGUAGAUUACAUUGCAGAUAAAAAGGAUGUAUACGAGUGAAGUACAUGUGUUUUUUCCUCCGUUUAUUGUAGCCGGGCUGGGCGUGCUGUGACCUCGCCUGCAUGCUGGGGCUUUGGCAUCGUUGGCUGCCGUCACCACCUCUUCCAGGAUCCUGUAUUUAAUUUGUCCAAAUGUGUUUUUGCCUUUAAUAAAUGUAAAAGAAAAAAACAGAGAAAAAAAAAAUCUAAACAAACCACUAUCCUGUCCAUCAUUACAGCAGGCCAAAUUUACAAUAAAAAUUUGACAUAAAACUAAAAUCUCCCAAAGUUC